AUGUCUAAUCGCCUCUCACUCCCUCCCAUUCUCGCCCGACUGUCGCUUUUGCGUCCACUCAUCUCCACCUCCAUCCCUCUGCCCACUCCACUUAACCCCUCAUCUCACUCUACAUUGUCUCUACGGCUCGUCGCAACGGUACCUUCCAGGUUGCGAAUUUACAUCUCCUCCAACCGGGUCAGCGGAGGUCACUGCGAGAACUGCCAACACAACACGAAGGGACAAUGGUGUCAGGAGUGCGCCGAAGGAUACUACCGCGACUGGGCCAAGCCAAUUAGUCACCAGGCCGCCUGUCUGUGUAAGUAA